GCCGCGCAGGCGGAAGCGGAAGCGGGGCCGUGCGGGCGCGGCGGUGGCGGCGGCGGCGAUGCUGUCGCUGGACUUUCUGGACGAUGUGCGGCGCAUGAACAAGCGGCAGCUGUACUACCAGGUGUUGAACUUCGGCAUGAUCGUCUCCUCUGCCCUCAUGAUCUGGAAGGGGCUCAUGGUGGUGACGGGCAGCGAGAGUCCCAUCGUGGUGGUCCUGAGUGGGAGUAUGGAGCCUGCUUUCCACAGAGGAGAUCUCCUGUUCCUCACGAACCGAAUUGAAGAUCCAAUCAGAGUGGGAGAAAUAGUCGUCUUUAGGAUAGAAGGAAGGGAAAUUCCUAUAGUCCAUCGUGUCCUGAAAAUCCAUGAGAAGCAAAAUGGAGACAUCAAAUUUCUGACAAAGGGAGACAACAAUGCCGUGGAUGACAGAGGGCUCUACAAGCAGGGGCAGCACUGGCUGGAGAAGAAGGAUGUAGUAGGACGAGCAAGAGGAUUUGUGCCCUAUAUUGGAAUAGUGACUAUCUUAAUGAACGAUUAUCCAAAAUUUAAGUAUGCAGUCCUCUUUUUACUGGGUUUAUUUGUGCUGGUCCAUCGAGAGUAGUCCCUUGCACUGAACUACGAGAUGAAGGUGCCAUGGAUUUUUCUAGAUGAACAUUUAAAGUAGCUGAUGGUCCGAUGUACCAGGAGAAAGAAGAAAGCAUGCAUUUCAAAGCUUCGUGCCAGUUUGGGUUUGUUUUGGUUUUUACUGCGUAAGGGCGAAUGUUUGUCACAGUAUUUCCAAUGGUUUGUCACAUUUUAGCCUUUUUAGUGAAUUUUUUAUAUUAAAAAUUUGAGCCAAA